CUCCUCCUCCCUCCUCCUCCUCCUCCUCCUCUUCCUCCCUCCUCCUCCUCCUCCUCCUCUUCCUCCUCCCCGGUCCCUGCAGCGCUGCAGCGGUGAAAACCUUCACACUCUUGCGGGACUCAGAGGACCGGCAGCCGGCGGCUCUCCAGACAUCAUCAGUCUGAACAAGAGUGGAGAUGGUUCACAUGUGCAGAACGCGCCAGAGUCCUUGAAGAUAAACUAAAGGCCGCGGACGUUAACCUGAUCUUCUUUUGAUUUUUGUUUGUACACCUGGCGGUGCCAUGGCCGGUCUAAUAGCCGAAGCAACACUGCUGAGGUGCACGUUUCUCUUUCUCUACUUGAGCGUCUGCUCGUGCCAGCGUGACUGCACCGGCGUGGACUGUCCCCAGCUGGACAACUGCAUCGAGGAAGUGCUGGAGAGCGGCGGCUGUUGCGCUUCGUGUCUGCACAAAGGAUGCACGUGCGAGGGCUACCAAUACUACGACUGCGUCAACGCCGGAUUCAAGAACGGCAAGGUGGCCGAGGGGGAGUCUUACUUCGUGGACUACGGCAGCACAGAGUGCUCGUGUCCCGCGGGAGGGGGCCGGAUCAGCUGCCACUUCAUCAGCUGUCCCGACAUGCCGCCCAACUGCAUCGAGAUCCUGGAGCCGGCGGACGGUUGCGUGCAGUGCGAACGCGUCGGAUGCGUCCAAGACGAGCAAAAGUACGAGGCCGGACACUCGUUCCACAUUGACCCCUGCCGGGUCUGCCACUGCCCCAACAAAGGAGGCAUGCUAAUGUGCUACCCUGUGCCAGACUGUGACCCAGAUGAGCCCCAUAAACCAAUGUUAGCUGCACCAACAGGGGAGGACGCCGUCAGCAGUUACCCCUACAGCUUUGACCAGCAAGAGAGCUCCGAUCACACAACGCACCACCUUCCUCCUUUUGGGAAUCUUCCUCUCUUCAAAUCAUUGCCUCUGGAUAAGGAGGAGCCAGAAGAUUAUGAUUACGGUCCGACAGAUUUCCCAGAGGUCUACCCUCAAUCUCUAGUCUUCCCCACCCUUCCCACCUCCUCCUCCUCCUCCAACAAGGUCAUCUCCGUGUCCCGAGGCUCUGACAGAACCUCUGCCCGUCUGAGCUUCGACAGACAAAGCAAGCUGGAGCUGAGAGAGCGACACGGAGUUCAUCCUGCAGACAGACAGGAAGUGACAGAAAGCCCCCUGAGAGCGGAGCAGGCCACUAUCGGGCCACAUGUGCACGAGGACGCCACUACUUCCUGGCAGCCGUCACUGAGUCUAACAACAUUCAGUGAUCUGACAACACAGACAGAUCUGGAGAAUCCACUCAAAAGUCCACACGGUGUCGUAUUUCCACUGAACCGAGGACUGGGGGGUGAAAAACAACCACAUACGAGUCCACAGAGCUCCGGGACUAAAACACAUCACCAAAAUGCCUCAGAUAGUGUGACACCCGGCGGUUCAAAGAGCCAGAUCGACGUUAGUUAUCCAGCGAGAGGUACGGACGAUCCAACUAAUCAGCAGAGAGCAUCAGAUACAGUCAGUUUCCCGCUGUUCAUGCUGCAAAGCCCAGAGAGCCCGAUCCAUCCCCAGGAGAACGGUCAAAAAGAAUUAGAGGAGGAUGUCGCACCAGACAGCGAAGAAGGGAUGGAUGAAGAAGAGAUGUUAGAGGAGGAGGAGGAGGAAGAAAUAGUGACCUUUCAUGGAGUCACUGCGCCUGAAGGAAGUGAUGUUCCUUACAAGAUGAAGUCAGCGCAGCAGGAGAGAGAACAAGAGGAGUCAGAGAGCAGCGAUCCAACCAGCAGCUACGAAAAGACCACACCCGAGCCCAGCACCAGCUCCCCCAGGAGGCCUCAGGAGAACCUGACGAUCCCCAUGGUCCGCUAUAUUACCACUCCCCAGCCGCCGGAGAGAGUCAAGCUGAACGAGAGCGAGCCCGGCAGGACGCCAGGCCAGAGGCUGGUUAACCUUCACAGUGAGGACCAGGAAGAGGUGACGGAGAGAGAGGAGGAGAGGAAAGGUCUCGUCAAACCCGAUGGAGGUCCAGGUGUCUCUGCUGAAGACCUGCUGCAGAGCUGCUGUGCUGCUGGCCAGAACUGGGCCUCAGAAAACCAUCACUGCGACCACAUGCCACUGCUCAACAAUGACCAGCGCUCCAUAUGCAGCGUUGCAGGGAAGCAGUGCUGCCUCAGCUCUGUAAAGGAGAACCAGUGUGAGUCAGGCAUGACUUCAGCCAGAGGAGGAGACACCUGUGGAGUGGGGGAAGAGGAGGAGCGGUGCAUAGACGACUCCUACCAGGUGUGCUGCAGCUGCUGCGCCCUCGGCUUACGGGUGCGCAGCGAAGGACGGGGCUGCGAUGCCCAUCAGUACCUGGGCUACCCGUGCGGUCACAUCUUCCUCACCUGCUGCGAGGAGAAGGAGGAGGAGGAGGAGGAGGAGGAAGGUCCGAGCCAGAUCCCGCUGAGGAGGAAGCAGAAGCCCAGACCGACGUAUAUGCCCAGAGAAGUCUCUGACAGCAAGUUCCCCAAGGAGGCCUUCUCCAUCGGCGCCACGGACGAAGCCGCCAACGCCGUGGAGGAGCAGGAGGAUGUGGACGAGUGUCGGCUCUACCCGGGCCAGCUGUGCCAGCACAAGUGCACCAACAUCUGGGGCUCGUACCACUGUGGCUGCAACCAGGGCUACAUCCUGCAGCAGGACGGACACUCCUGUGCACCAGUGAGUCCUGACGAGGACAACGGGCUCCGAGAGUUCAGUCCCGCUGUGGUCCCGACACAAACCACCACCACCACGACCACGACCACCACGACGUCCAGUACAACCACCAGCAGCCCCGCCCGCCUCAAUCCAUGUGCAGAGAAUGGUCGUUGCAGUCAGCAGUGUACGGCGGUGGCGGGCCGGGCUCGCUGCUCCUGCUUCCCAGGGUUCUCGCUGAUGACUGAUGGACGCAUGUGUGAAGACGUGGACGAGUGUGCGACCGACACCCACAGCUGUCGGCCCAGCGAGCGCUGCGUGAACACCGUGGGCUCGUUUGUGUGCGAGCUGCAGGUGACCUGUCCCGCUGGCUACCGGCCGAGGAACGGCGUUUGCGAGGACACUGACGAGUGUGUUCUGCGAACCCAUAACUGUGGUUUGGGCUCCGUGUGUGAGAACACAGUGGGAUCUUUCCUGUGUAAACCCAAACACAAGUGCAUCAGCGGCUUCACCGAGGACUCCCACGGCAACUGUAUCGACAUCAACGAGUGCAGCAGCCAGAGUGAUCUGUGCAGCUCAGGCUUUAACUGUAUCAACACUGUGGGCUCCUACACGUGCCAGCAGAAGAUCAUAAUGUGCAGCCAUGGCUACCACGCCAGCCCCGACGGAGCCAAGUGUGUCGACAUUGAUGAGUGUCAGAUGGGGACACACCGCUGUGGAGUCGGCCAGAUCUGUCACAACCUCCCUGGCAGCUACCGCUGUGACUGUCAGACGGGCUACCAGUACGACGCCCUCCGUAAAGUCUGCACCGAUGUAAAUGAGUGCUGGCGCUAUCCUGGCAGGCUGUGUGCCCAGACCUGUGAAAACACCCCAGGCUCCUACCACUGCUCAUGCACAGCCGGCUUCUCCCUUGCAUUUGAUGGCAAGAACUGUGAAGAUGUAAAUGAAUGUGACAAGAAACCCUGCAGCCAGGAGUGCGCCAACAUCUACGGCUCUUAUCAGUGCUACUGUCGCCAAGGCUACUUCCUGAAAGAGGACGGACACACCUGUGAAGAUAUCGACGAGUGCUCCACGGGCAUCGGGAACCUUUGUACCUUCCAGUGCGUCAACGUGGUCGGCAGCUACCAGUGUGCCUGUCCUGCUCACGGAUACGUCAUGUCCUCCAACAAACGCACCUGCAGAGAUGUUGACGAAUGCACAACUGGAACCCACAACUGUUCGUUGCGACAGACGUGCUUUAACCUCCAGGGAGGCUUCAGAUGUCUCUCCUUUGACUGUCCUCACUACUACAAGAAGGUGUCGGACAUGCGCUGUGAGCGGACCAGCUGUCCCACUAACUCCUUAGACUGUCAGAACUCUCCCGUCCGCAUCACGUACUAUCAGCUCAGCUUCCAGACCAACAUCAUCAUCCCCGCCCAGAUCUUCAGAAUCGGACCGUCCCCCGCAUACUCCGGCGACCACAUCGUCAUCAGCGUCGUCAAGGGCAACGAGGAGGGCUACUUCAGCACCAGAAAGCUCAACGGCUUCACCGGCGCCGUCUACCUGCAGAGACAAGUCCGCGAGCCCAAAGACUUCCUGAUAGACGUGGAGAUGAAGCUGCUGAGGCAGGGCACGUUCACGUCGUUCCUCGCCAGGAUCUACGUCUUCAUCACAUCCAGUGCUAUGUAACACCAGAGAGGGACAGACUGGAAACUUCAUAUGGUGCUACGUUUUUAUAUGUGCAGACUCUUUUUGUGAUGCCUCCCUACAAUCAAGCAUUAUUCAAAACUCUCGUCAAAUUGCCAAAGACGUUACUGUUUGCUUGUCCUGUCUUUGGCAGGUUAUCUGCUUGUUUCUUCAGAUUUUCUAUGACAAUCAUAUUUCCUGAGAAACAUUGUGUUUGUAUUUACCAAAGUCAUUUUGCAGUUUGACUCAUCAUUUAGCGUUUAUGCUCCACCGUUGUUAGAGUCUACUCGAGCUCUUGGUUCUUAUGGCGCAUUCACACCGAGAGCGAAGCCAACUUUUCGCAUUGAGCGAUUACGUACAAAGUCAAUGCAAAGAGGCGAAUAGACGCAAAUUCACGCCAAGGAAACGCGAAUGACGUGAACACACGAAAUUAGCGCCAUCGCAGGAGUUGAAAUAUUUAAUCUCGAGCAGUAAUCCGCGUGAUGAAACAACAACGUCUCUGCCGUAUUUAUGACUUUAUGUUGAGUGUUGAUGGAGCAGCUGCAUAGCCUGGCUCUGAUCCAUCCAAACUCCAUUCAGAAAACAAGCAUUUUAAAGUUGUUUGCUUGUCGUCAUGGUAACAGACCUGACAAAGCAUGA